AUGGGGAAACAAUACAUAACCACAGUCAAUGUCUCCAAGGCUCACAAGUCUGACAUCUACGGAGUUGAAGUAACCGACAAAUUCACUAUAUCUGUGUCAAGCGAUGGGUACGCUAGAUUUUGGGACAACAAAAAAGAUGAAGUUCACGAUCCAAGAACAUCUGUGCAAUCUUUGUUUAUAGACAAAAGCGGAAUCCACCAUGUAAGCGUAUACGAGAAUAAACUACCUAGCUCAACGACAAAAGUGACCAUUUGUGCGUUUGCAUGUUUCAAUGGUAAGAUUAUAUUUAGAUAUUUUCUCGAUGACAAUUUGGAAACAUCUUUAAAAGAACUCGAUUUUGUUGUUGAGAAAGCAUGGGUACCAGGCUUUUACCGCGAUCCAGCGAACAAACUGGACUAUUUCUUAGCCAACAAAAUUGAUGGUCUGACUGAGGUGUAUAAUUUGAAUGUGGAGCAAAUUGGAGAAGAUAAUGUACAGAUUGUUUUUGACAAACAUGGACUGUUGGGAAUAUCAUCGUCGCCAUCGUCAUCAACCACGUCGUCUUCUGCGUCAUCUACAGCAUCCAAUGCUACUGGCUCUUCAUUCCCAAAUUCUUUAGCAGUAAACCAAACAGAGAACAAGAAAUGUGCUAUUGGAUACAUGAAUGGUAGUGUGUUGCUUUUUGACUUUGAAACUUUGAAGUUGACAUAUACAUUCAAGUCUACGGAUUUGGUGAUUAGCAAGAAUCCAAAACUCAACUCAUCGUCUUCAGUGCCGCGAGUAUUGGCUUUUUCUCCGGGCGGGACUCUUCUUGCUGUUGGAAGAGACAACCAGGCUGCAGGGUCAAUCACUCUAUAUGACGUUGAGUAUGGGGAGAAUGUGGGAAGUUUGGUUGCACCAUCGCAUUCUGCAAAAACUGUUGUUGGAGGGUUUGCACAUCAAGGAUGGAUUAUGGGUCUUGAUUUUGAUGAGAGUGGAAAGUUUUUGGUCAGUUGUGGGUUUGACAAGAGUGUUCGUGUGUGGGAUUUGGACACAAGAGAGAGGGAGGCGACAAUCAACUUGUCGGUUUCUGACUUUGAUGACACUGAAGCCGAUGAGCAAGAUCAGAGUAUAGCCAGUGGAGUCAAGUUCAUCAAAAAGGGGGUACGGGGAGGCGCCGGAGGCGACAGCAACGACGGUAUUUGCGUAGUAAGUUUUGAUAGAGGAAUAAGAUGGUAUAGAGAAGCAGGUGGUAUUUAG